GGACGACCCGGUGCUGAGGCGCCUGGAGUACUUCUGCAUCGCCUGGUUCAGCUUCGAGGUGUCCUCGCGCCUCCUGCUGGCGCCCAGCCCGCGUAACUUCUUCUGCCACCCGCUCAACCUCAUCGACAUCGUGUCCGUGCUGCCUUUCUAUCUCACGCUGAUGGCUGGUGCGGCGCUCGGCGACCAGGGAGGUGCGGGCGGCGAGGAUCUCGGUGACCUGGGCAAGGUGGUGCAGGUGUUCCGCCUCAUGCGCAUCUUCCGCGUGCUCAAGUUGGCGCGCCACUCCACCGGGCUGCGCUCACUGGGCGCCACACUCAAGCACAGCUACCGUGAGGUGGGCAUCUUACUGCUGUACCUGGCCGUGGGUGUGUCAGUGUUCUCCGGUGUGGCCUACACAGCUGAGAAGGAGGAGGACGUGGGCUUUGACACCAUCCCAGCCUGCUGGUGGUGGGGCACAGUGAGCAUGACCACCGUGGGCUAUGGGGAUGUGGUGCCAGUGACGGUGGCCGGCAAGCUGGCAGCCUCGGGCUGCAUCCUAGGGGGCAUCCUGGUGGUAGCGCUCCCCAUCACCAUCAUCUUCAAUAAGUUCUCUCACUUCUACCGGCGCCAGAAGGCUCUGGAAGCCGCAGUGCGCAACAGUGGCCACCAGGAGUUUGAAGACUUGCUGAGCAGUGUUGAUGGGGUGUCGGAGGGGUCUCUGGAAACAUCCCGAGAGACCUCCCAGGAGGGAAGGUCUGCAGACCUGGGGACCCAGGCCCCCAGUGAGCCUCCAAACUCUAAGAUUUAUUAAAACCAGGGCUCCAUGUUUCCCUUCCCACACCCUACACUCAGCUACAACAGAGCAGAGACCCGUCCCCUGCUGAAGUUCUUCGUGGUGGCCUGACCGCUCAGGGUCACUCCCUGGCCUGAGAAUCGACACCCAGAAGCUGGGUCCCUUCCUCCAAAGGCUCAGGGAAGGACAGUGUUACCCUAGAUUAUGUGAGCUUGAAGAGCGACCCAGAGACCUUUAUAAACAAACCUCCAAGCCAUCUGGGAAGCAGCAUGAGCCAGAGGGAGAGUCGAAAGGAUGCUAACAAUUCCUUGCCACCUGCUCUUAGCUAGAUCACAUAUGGCCCUAUGUUGGAGGAUGAGAAUCAACCCCAUUUCACAGAUGAGGAAACUAAGGCUCAGAGAGGUGCAAUGACUUGCUCAGAUGGCAUGCAACUAGAAGUGGUUGGGUCAAGUUUGGAAUCCAUGCUUGUUGGUCUGCCAAUAGUGUUUCUUCCACUCUGUCUUCCCUCACGAAGCUUGUGUAGGGUUUUAGUAAGUUUAUGGGCCCUUAGGGUUGAUCUACUUAGAUUUCUCUGUCAGAGCUAGGGAAAGGAUGAGACGGGAUUCAGAUGUAGGAGCCCUGGACCUCACUCGUGGUUCUUUUCCAGGAGCUUCCAAAAGGACUCAGCUCCCUAAGAUGAGGCCUGAGAGGAAGAGGGAGCUGCCUCCUUAGAUGAUGUGCAAGAUUUGCGAAGCAAUACCUGUAGCUUCCUCCCCGGGCUGGCUUGAGAUACAGAAAAGGGGCCCUGGCCUGAGGCCUGAAGUCUAGAUCUAGUCCUACUGGAACCUGAUUUGUGAAGUGGGCAAGUCCCUGCCCCAUCUCCAGGUUUCAGCCCAUCUGUGAAAUGGUCACAGUCUGG